AUGGAAAGAAUGCUGCUGGACUUGGACUCAGAGGAAGAGCGGAAUAAGGAAAAAGUUCCGGCUUCGAGGUUUCGUGCAAAAUGGAAGAUGCGUCACCUUUUGGGCUUGAGCCACACCCCCCCCCCCCCCGAACCCGCCCCAGGCUGGCGAGCUCUAUCCUCCAAAGCCGGACAUCUAGGCGCAGUGUACUGGCGCUCCAGCCACAGGCUGUUUCGAACACAGGCACCUCUUUGUUCCCCUGGAGUCUCUUACUGCAGAAUGUCCUUGGGGCUGCUCCACGAAUGGAGGUACUUCCGUGUCAUCAUCAUCCUCUUGGUGCUUCUGACCCUUCUCUUGGGAAGCUUUCUCAGCACGCAAGUCAGCUUGCUCGUCCCCCUCUUCAGUAGCCAGGAAUCCUUCCCUCCUGUGACCAACAUCAUGUUCCUCAAGACUCACAAGACCGCCAGCAGCACCGUUAUGAACAUCCUCUACCGGUUCACAGAGAAGCGGAACCUCACGGUGGCCCUCCCUGCAGGGCAUCUUUUCCACCUGGGCUACCCUUGGUACUUUCUGACCAAGUAUGUGGAGGGAUUCAAAGCCUUGAAUGGGACCUUCAACAUCAUGUGCAAUCACCUGAGAUUUAACCCCACAGAGGUACAGAAAGUCAUGCCAAACAACACUUUCUACUUUUCCAUUUUGAGAAACCCAAUUUCCCAGCUGGAGUCCUCUUUCAUGUAUUACAAGACUUACACACCAGCUUUUCGGAAGACAAAGAGUCUGAAUGAGUUUUUGGCAUCUCCACUGAGGUACUACAAUAAAAGUCUAUCUAUAAAAAAUGUAUAUGCCAAGAAUAACAUGUGGUUUGACUUUGGCUAUGAUAACAACAGAGGGGGCCAGGGUUACGUGCAGGCUGUCAUUGGGGAGAUCCAACGUCAGUUCCAGCUGAUCCUGAUUUCUGAUUAUUUUGAUGAGUCCAUGGUGCUCCUGAGAAACAUGCUGCAUUGGGACCUGGAUGAUGUGGUCUAUUUCAAGCUGAACUCACGGAGUGAGAAUACGAUUCAGAACCUCACCAAGGAGAACCAGGAGAAAGUCAAGGAGUGGUGUGCUUUGGACUGGGCACUCUACCAGCAUUUCAACAGGACCUUCUGGCAGAAGAUCUGGGAGGUUGUCGGGCAGGAGAAGCUGCUGAAGGAGGUGGCUCUCUUGAGGGAAAGGCAGCGAGAGCUCAUGGACAUCUGUAUCCAGGAUGGGAAGCCCAAGAAUAAGACGCAAAUCAAAGACAUGAACCUCAGGCCCUACCAGUCUGGGGAGGCCAACAUCCUGGGCUACAAUCUCAAACAACAGUUAGACAAUGAGACCAUGACUAUGUGUCAGAGGAUGGUGAUGCCUGAGAUCCAGUACAUGGCCCACUUGUAUUCUCAGAGGUUCCCCACAAACCCCCCGAAGAAGAUCAGGCUGCAGUGAUGGUGGAAUGAUUGUCUCCAACUGGAAGCUCAAUGCUUAGGGGCUGAGUGCCCUGUCAGAUGGUGACCUCCAGAUUCCUGAAGGCUCAUCUAGAUCUGGUGUGGCUAGUAGAGAAUAGGCUUCAAGAAAGAGGGGGUACUGGGGACACUUUGGUCUAAAGAAUCUCUGGGAGGUAUGGGCAAUUCUUAACUCAGUACCUAGUUUUAUUUAAAAAAAAAAUCUACUGUGGAAUGUUGCCUUAAGAUAACAGGAUUAUUUUUCUUUGAGGGUGUGGGAGUGCAUAGAGGGGGUUGUAUUGGAGAAGAGGGAAAAGGAGGUUCUGUUUCACAGGUCACUGAUCUCAUGGCCUUCUCCUCCCAGUUGAACUUCUGCAUGGGAGCAUCCAAGUACAAAAUUCUAGGAGAUAUUUCCAGGAUGGUUACAGGUAGUGAGGGAGUAUCAUUAAAUCCCAAAGAUGAAUAUUCCCUAGCUAACAUGGAAGCAUCAGUUUGAUAGAUUCGAUGAUGGAAUUUUAAGUCUGAUUGAUUGUUUCCUACCAAUGCAGAUCCGCCAUUAUUCUGAAAUUCAGUCUUAGAAAGCUGCCUGGGGCAUUGAGAGGUUAGGUGAUUGGCUCAGGGUCCUACAGCCAAGAUGUGUCAGAGUCAGAACUUGAACUCAUGUUUUUCUGGACCUUAGGCCAACUUUCUAUGCACAACAUCACACUGAUUACUUAGAGGCUGGAAAAUAUAGAUAUGGUAACUUACUGCAUAAGACAUGUCCAGUUGAAAAGGAUUGUUAGCUCCAGGGAUUUUAGUUAGUCAUUCACUCAGUCAGCAAGCAUGUAGUGAGUGCUUACUAUGUGCCAAGAACUGUGGGGAUAGGAAGAAAGGCAACAAUAUGGUCUUGGGUCUUAAGGAACUCAUGUUCUAAUGGAUUCUAAUGUUAUGAGAAGCAAUGUUUUAAUUUAAAGAAUAAAUGGUUAAA